AUGGUGGAGGCUCUGCCUUCGGCCAAGGACCUCAGUGCGAGCAGCAACGCGGUGAACGCCGCCCAGGGCAUCAUGACCACCGACCGCUACCCGAAGCUGUGCGCCCGAAGCCUGCCCAAUGGUGGAAGGCUGGUGGGCAUUGCGAAGGGUGCCGGGAUGAUUGAGCCAAAUAUGGCCACCAUGCUUUGCUUCUUGAUGACGGAUGUGGAUUUGCCUCGCGAGGAGCUUCAAGAUCAGCUGUCUGAGUGUGUGCUGAAGAGCUUCAACGCGAUUUCAGUGGAUGGUGACGAGUCCACCAGUGACACAGUUGUGCUCAUCUCCAGCCAGCAGUGCUCGUCUCCGGUGGACCCAUCGGACUUCAAGCUGGCGCUGCAGGAGGUCUGCAUGGACCUGGCUGCGCAGAUCGUGCGCAACGGCGAGGGCACCGGCCACGUGAUCCGUGUGAGCGUGUCGGGCGCCAACUGCGACCAGACCGCGUCCUCGGUGGCCAAGGCCGUGGUCAACGGCCCGUUGUUUAAGUCGGCGAUUGCAGGGAACGACCCCAAUGUGGGGCGCCUCAUCGGAAAGGUGGGGCAGACUCUAGGGUCCUUGGGCCACUUGGGCGAGCAGAUGGCGCAGAACUGCAUCUGCCGGAUUGGGGGUGAGACCAUCUUCGAGAAUGGGCAGUUCUCCUUGGACACUGAGAAGGAGCGACGUUUGAGUGGUCAUUUGAAGUUUGCUGCUGCGGAUUGUGAGUCGCCCUAUCCUGAGCACCGGAGGGUGGUGGAUGUCGAGGUGAUCUUGGGAGGGGGAGAAGGACCGGGCAAGGCCGUGGUGCUGGGCUCCGACUUAACCACCGAGUAUGUCAAGAUCAACGCCGACUAUCGCUCCUGA